AAGAGAACGAAGGAGGUGAGUGCUCAAAGUUUGGAGAAAUUGUGGAGGCAAGGUAGUCAAAUCUUUGCCAUUAGAGUUGAUAAACUGGAAGGUGUUGAUGUGGAACACAUACAUAAAGGGGAGAUUGACGAGUUUCUUCAACAAUUCGAGGAAGUGAAAGCGGAUCCAAAAAAUCUACCACCACGGAGAGAGUUCGAUCAUCGCAUUACCAUGUUGGAUGAAACCAAAUCCGUACAUGUCCCUCCGUAUCGGUAUGCCCAUUUUCAGAAAACCGAGAUUGAGAAGCAGGUUCGUGAAAUGCUUGAGUCGGGAUUAAUCAGGCAUAGUACAAGUCCUUUGUCUUCACCGUACUCCUUGCCAAGAAAAAGGAUGGGACGUGGAGCUCAAGAGGAGGAGGUCCAAGAUUAUGAUGUCUAUGGCGGCUUGUUACUAUAUAAAGGUCGGGUGUAUGUAUCGAAAAUCGAUCAUUUGAGACUUGAGCUGGUGCAAUAUUUCCACGAAGCCAAGAUUGGGGGACACUCGGGAGUGUACCGUACGUGGUCAAGGCUAUCCAAUACCUUUUAUUGGCCAGAGGUAAAGAAUGACGUUCGGGAGUUCGUAACAAAGUGUGACGUUUGCCAAGGAGUGAAGUCGAAUUCCAGGAAACUGGGAGGGCUUUUACAACCUUUGCCGGUACCUGAGAGAAUUUGGAAAGUUAUAACAAUGGACUUCAUCGAAGGGCUUCCAAUGUCUAAUGGGUUCAACGGGAUCAUGGUGGUCGUGGAUC